CCUCGAUCGAGUUGAGUAAAAGUCUGGGGAACCAGGCCAGGGGCCCAGGGGUCAAGAGAUCGCGCGCGGGCGCGCGGGCGGGCGCGCGACGCGUGUAGCAGCUACUAAAGUCCGGAAACUAGGCGAUAGCUGUGGUUUUUUUAAGCGAAGUUUUGACAAGUUAAUGUUGGCUCUUGCUCUCGUUUCAAGUUUGUUCCUUUUUUUGGGUGAUGGACGAUGGGUAAGUUCAUUAACUUCAGGCUUCUGCUGUUAUUCUUGUUUCCCUACAUUAUGUCUGGGGCCUUGGGCCUUGGGCUGGCUGGCGCGUUCGGUUUGGUUUUGGGCCAAUAUCGGCUUGGCGAGUAAUGGCGGAAAGAGGAGCGGGUGGGGGGAAGAGGGAGGGAAAGGAACGGCGGCGGGCAGGAUUCAGGAAGACACCCAAAGGUGCGAAGAGUUCGGAGACGAGAGAACAGGGUAGGACGACAGGCCCUGCUUUGCUUACCUGCUUGCCUUGGCUCUCUCUCUUCCCCCUCUCUAGGCUCUCUCCUAUCCCAGCACAGAGUUCGCCACAUAGCCAGAUGGGGACGGUAACGCAGAGACGGGCUGCAGGUUGGCCCUGUUGUCUGCUGAACGGACCAGGACCGGCUAUCGAGCAGAGGGGGAAAAAGAAAAAGAAAAGCCGUGUUGGCAUCUGGCCUCCGCAUGUGCCGAGUUCGGGUUUGUGGUCGAGCAAGAGUAUGGCCCUUUACGGCUUCUGUCGCCUUCUUUCACCCCCUUACAAUGAGCGUCCUAUAAUCUGGAUCUCCCGCUGGCUUCCAGUCUCCAGUCGUUAAUGAACCCAUUGAUCACUGUGCAGACUCUCGUUUGGCUCUGCGUCCACCCAGAAAGAUUGGUUUGGCAGCGGCUUCUGCCCGUUGAAACAUUCGGCCCCAGGCUUUCGUUCAUUAUAAGACCCAGGGAAUUCUGAUAUAUCCCCCCCUACCCCGUCAUAUCCCACUCCCAGGCCCCA